GUCAUUUCUUGGCCUUACGCGUUGCCACCUUUUCUCCCAGCGUUUACAUAAAUCGCAAAAUUGGAAAAAAAGAAUGAAAAACUAGUCUUUUUUUUCCUUUUCUUCUAAUUUCUCUCAGCUGAAAGGGAGAUUGAAAAGGAUCUAUUUCGUUCAAGGAUGGCUUGGAAUCACUGCUUAUUGGUUUUGUUCAUCUUCGUUUUUACGGGAUUAGCCACUUCAAGCUUCAUCUCAGAUGAUAUCUUUGAAUCGCAUGGAUCCAAUGGACGAACACUCCUCCAAGCAAAAUCAGGUUGCGCAGUGAACUUCGAAUUCCAGAACUAUACUAUUAUCACCAGCCAGUGCAAAGGACCACAAUACCCGCCUAAACUCUGUUGUGGCGCCUUCAAAGAAUUUGCUUGCCCCUUCGCAGAAGAUAUAAAUGACUUAACUAAUGAUUGUGCAACAACUAUGUUCAGCUACAUAAAUCUCUAUGGUAAAUAUCCACCUGGCUUGUUCGCAAGUGAAUGUCGGGAAGACAAGCAAGGGCUGGCAUGUCCCGACAGUCCCCCGGGAAGUUCCAGCGAAGGCUCAGUCUCUCGGCCUUUAUCAUUUCCACUGGUUCUUAUUCUAACAGUUGGUGUUCUACUAGUGUUUGGCCAGUUGUGAUCUAUCGGUGGUGUAUUCUAAAUUUGCCUAACUCUCAUUCAAAAACGGGGUUGCUAUUGUUUUCGAGGGGGGUUCAUUUUUCCGGCAGUGUUGUAUCUUAUUGUAACAGUAAAGGUUUCCUAACUUGUCUAAUAUUCUUUAAAUGACCAUAUUGAAUUAUAUAGUAUAUAUAAAUAUUUUUAUGUGUUUGUAAUUG